AUGUACGGACGGGAUCCGUGGGGAGGGCCGCUGGAGAUAGCGGCGGACUCUGCCACCGACGACGAUCGGAGUAGGAAUCUGCAGGACUACGACAGGGCGGCGCUGUCGCGGCCGCUGGACGAGACGCAGCAGAGCUGGCUGCUGGGUCCGGGGGAGCAGAAGAAGAAGAAGUACGUGGAUCUGGGCUGCAUUAUCGUCAGCAGGAAGAUCUUCGUGUGGACCGUGGGGACUAUUCUGGCGGCUGGCCUAUUGGCUGGAUUCAUCACCCUGAUCGUAAAGACGGUGCCGCGCCACCACCACCGCCCGCCGCCACCGGAUAACUACACGCAGGCGCUGAACAAGGCGCUCAUGUUCUUCAAUGCUCAGCGCUCAGGAAGACUUCCAAAGCACAAUAACGUCUCAUGGAGAGGAAACUCGUGUUUAAAUGAUGGGAAGUCCGAUUCUUCAACUCUAUUUAAAGAUCUUACUGGUGGCUAUUAUGAUGCUGGGGAUGCAAUCAAGUUCAAUUUCCCCCAGUCUUUUGCCAUGACUAUGUUGAGUUGGAGUGUGAUUGAGUACAGCGCAAAAUAUGAAGCAGCUGGUGAGCUUAACCAUGUGAAAGAGGUUAUCAAGUGGGGAACAGAUUACUUCCUCAAGACUUUUAACCAUACUGCUGAUACAAUAGAUCGAGUUGUGGCACAGGUUGGUAAGGGGGACACCUCAGGUGGGCCCGAGCCCAAUGAUCACUACUGUUGGAUGCGUCCGGAAGACAUUGAUUAUGAUAGGCCCGUUACUGAAUGCCACAGUUGCUCUGAUCUUGCUGCUGAGAUGGCUGCUGCUUUAGCUUCGGCAUCUAUUGUCUUUAAGGACAACAAGGCCUAUUCACAAAAGCUUGUCCAUGGUGCCAAGACCCUCUUUAAGUUCUCUAGGGAUCAGCGUGGUAGGUACAGUGUGGGGAAUGAGGCGUCCAUGUUUUAUAACUCGACAGGUUAUUGGGACGAGUUUAUUUGGGGUGCGACUUGGUUGUAUUAUGCUACGGGUAAUUCGUCCUAUCUUCAGCUUGCUACGACUACAGGCCUUGCUAGGCAUGCUGGUGCUUUCUACGGGGGCCCGUUCUAUGGGGUACUGAGUUGGGACAAUAAGCUUGCUGGUACCCAAGUGCUUCUUAGUCGUUUAAGGUUAUUCCUCAGCCCCGGGUACCCUUAUGAAGAAAUCUUGAGGACGUUCCACAAUCAGACCAGCAUAUUUAUGUGCUCGUUUCUACCUUAUUACACAUCGUUCAACAGAACACGAGAACCCGAAACAGGUGGCAUGAUCCAGUUGAACCAUGGGGCCCCUCAGCCGCUUCAGUAUGUCGUAAACGCUGCAUUCCUUGCCACAGUCUUCAGCGACUACAUGAAAGCUGCCGACACACCCGGAUGGUACUGUGGGCCCAACUUCUACUCAACUGACGUCCUCCGUGAAUUUGCAGAGACUCAGAUCAACUAUAUCCUGGGAAAGAACCCGAGGAAGAUGAGCUACUUGGUGGGAUUCGGGAGCCAUUACCCAAAACACGUUCACCAUAGAGGGGCCUCCAUUCCCAAGAACAAGGUGAAGUACAACUGCAAGGGGGGCUGGCGGUGGAGGGACUCGAAAAAGCCCAACCCAAACACCAUUGUGGGAGCUAUGGUGGCCGGACCUGAUAGGCACGAUGGCUUCAAGGACGUUCGCACCAACUACAACUACACGGAGCCCACUCUGGCGGGCAACGCCGGCCUUGUGGCAGCCCUCGUGGCCUUGUCUGGGGAUACAAAUGUCGGCAUUGAUAAGAACACCAUCUUCUCGGCUGUGCCGCCAAUGUUCCCCACACCACCACCCCCACCUGCCCCCUGGAAGCCUUGACCGUGUCUCUUUAACUGGUUUUUUGUUUUU